AUGAUGUUCAACGAGAAGACCUUACGAUCACUCCACGAAGUACGAGAGCCCGAGUUCUGGAAUCGAUGCAACAAGAUUAAAGAUGACGGGUACCUGAACGAGGAAGAAAUGGAGUAUCUGAGUCACCCAGACGAUUUCGUCAGUACGGCGACGGAUCCGCUAUGGCGGACAAUCACAGGCUGGAUGUACCUGCUCCCGAGGUGGCUUGUGUUGCUACUCUUCAAGGACAAGAGAACGGAGGAGCAGAAGUUUGCGUCUCCUCUGCUGACGGGAGGCAUGGAGAUGUUCUGCAAAGGACUUGCCAUACUGGUCUACGCAAUCGUCCUGUUGCUGCCGAUCAUAUUUCUCUACAUCUUCCCAGACAUGAGCACAGCAGGCGCCGUGUAG